AUGCCAGAACGUCUGUGUCUCUUCCAGGGACAGAGUUACCACAAGCUGAAGCAAGCAUGUUUGCGACGAGGGGUCCUUUUCCAAGACCCCUGUUUCCCCCCCUCAGUCCAGUCUCUCUUCUACAAACGUCCACUCCCCCCAGGAAUCACAUGGAGGAGGCCACGGGAGCUGUGUAAAGACCCUCGGCUGUUUGUGGAUGGUAUCAGUACCAGGGACUUACACCAGGGAAGUCUGGGUAAUUGCUGGAUGGUCGCUGCCACAUCCUGCCUGGCCACUGAGCCAACGCUAUGGAAGAAAGUGAUUCCAGAUCACGUGGAACAGGAGUGGAACCCCAAACGUCCGGACCUGUAUGCCGGAAUUUUCCAUUUCCGGUUCUGGCGCUUGGGCUGCUGGACGGACGUGGUGGUUGAUGACCGUCUGCCAGUCAGCGAGGACGGUACGCUGCUGUUUUGCCGAUCAGCCACGCCGCGGGAAUUCUGGAGCGCCCUUUUGGAGAAAGCCUAUGCCAAACUGAAUGGUUGUUAUGAGGCGUUGGAAGGAGGGAACACGGCAGAGGCUCUUGUGGAUUUCACUGGAGGAGUGUCUGAGCCCCUGAGCCUGGACAGGGAAGCACUGACCCAACAUCCAGACCAGAGGAGGGCGCUCUUCCAGACGCUGGCCCGGGCGCACAGCCGACGGGCUCUCAUCACCUGCUCCAUACGGCCAGAGGAAGGGGAGCGUAUAGAGUCUGUGUUGGACUGUGGCCUGGUGCGGGGUCACGCAUAUGGCGUAACGGCUGUGAGGAAGGUUCGUGUGGGUGAGCAUUUACUGGGCGUGUGUGGAACCUCACGCCUCUGCAUGGUGCGCAUGAGGAACCCCUGGGGAACGGCCGACUGGACCGGAGCCUUUAGCCAGGGGUCUCCACAAUGGCAGCAGCUGAACCGCACUGAGCGAGAGAGAAUGGGGCUCAUCACUCGAGACGUGGGAGAGUUCUGGAUGGAGUUUGAGGAUUUCUGUCGAUAUUUCACUGACAUGGUGGUGUGUCGGCUGGUGGAGAGGUCACUGUUCUGGCCCAGAUCCCAUUGGAGGGAGGCCCGCUGUUCUGGGGAGUGGACCCAAGGCCCAGUGGAACCCUGGCCCGGUGCAACAAUCUCCCCAAGCACCAAGACGCCCCCAGCUCGAGGCAUCCACGUUGGCCAACCAGGCCUGGCCCAGAGAGGAGACAGGAAAGAGGAGAGACUGGGUGAGAGACAGAGAGACCUCCGAGCCCACAGAGAGAGAACCAAAGAAAGAGAAAAACAGAAGACUGGGCUGGCAAAAGGAGGAGAGGCAAUUAAAAAGAAGACGGAGGCGCGCAUCGAGAGGAGUGGAGAUGGACUGAUGAACGGAGGAUGGGAGAGAGAGAUGGAUAAGAGAAGCAGGUGUGGUGGCUGCAUCAACCACAGAGAUACGUUUCUCAACAACCCUCAGUUCAUGUUCGAGGUGCAGGGUGAGGGAGAGGAGGUGCUGAUUUGUUUACAACAGGAGGACAGAAGGAUAAGAAGGAGAGAGGGAGGAGGAGAGAAUCUACCAAUUGGCUUUGAGGUCCUAAGGAUGGAGGUGAACCGCACGUGUCGCGUACAGUGUGUGAGUGAACAAGCUGCCAGCUCUGUGUAUAUGGAUUCCCGGAGUGUGGCCCUGCGGGUUACCCUGGGACCUGGACGCUACGCCCUCCUACCCACAACCUUCCAACCAGGCAACACCGGACGCUUCUUGCUCCGCCUCUUCUCUCACUCCCACAUUGGACUGAGGGAGCUGAAGGAGGAGUUACCUGUUCCCGCUCUGUGGCAGUGUUGUCUGCCCCAACCUGUAGUCGUUACCACUGUGCAUCUCCGCAGAGCCUCCGGACUCAGUCGACCCAAACAAAGGGCCCCAGAUGUGUAUGCAGUUAUUCGCUGUGAGGACGACAAUAUAAAGACACGUGUCUUUACAGAAGAUGGCAACCCAGAGUUCAAUACCAAAGCCAUAAUUUACAGGAGAUAUCCUGACACACAUAUCCACAUAGAGUUAUGGAGUAGAGGCUUGCUGUGGGACACUUAUCUUGGAGCAGCUCGACUCCAGACUGGGGAUAACGAAAGAGGGCGAAACAGAGUGAUUGAUCUGAAGGGUGGCCAGUCUGGAGGAUGCAUCUAUGUGGAGACUUCUUCCAGCCAGUGCCUGACUGAGCUGUGA